AUGUCCGACGCUGAUGACGGGGAGUUCGAAGACUGGCGCUUGAUUUGGCGGAAGGAUCGCGCUCUUGAGGACCGCGACGAGUACUUACGUACUGUUCUUCCACGUUAUGCUACCGACAAGCACAACAGGGUCCCGUGUACCAUCGACCAUCUCGCGAAGGUGAACCCGUCGGACGCUGACAUUGCCUUGCAACUCACCACACACUACAUGGGAUCUAGCCUAACGCUGUGUCGCUCGGAGCGCUGCCGAACAACCGCCGACGGCGAAAAAUGCUGGUGUCGAUACAAGAUCAACACAUGCGAGGAUGGCAACACGACAAUCGUUUUUCAACAAGGCGCUCACGUCAUGGACGGCCUCUCUGCUCUGUCACCUCUCCGGGCCCGCAUCACUCCAGCGAUGAAGGUGGUGCUUGAGGACCAGCUGGAACGGCAUCGUAGUUAG